AUGGGCGGUGUGCGCUGGGCUUUUCCCUGCGCCGCCUGGCGACCCCGUCGCGAGGAGUGGCUGCUGGCGGCGCGGCUGGUGCAGCCCGAGGAGAAGGAGCGCAUCGGCCGCUUUGUCUAUGCUCGCGAUUCCAAAGCCGCCUUGGCCGGUCGCCUGCUGAUGCGGAAACUAAUUGCAGAAAAGCUGUUCAUACCUUGGAAUGAAAUACACUUGCAAAGGACAUCGAAAGGAAAACCUUUCCUGGCAAACAACAUAUUCAGUGUAUGUUCAAAUUACAACUUCAACGUCUCUCAUCAAGGAGAUUAUGCAGUUCUUGCAGCUGAGCCUGGGCUUCAAGUUGGCAUUGAUAUAAUGAAGACUGAUUUACCAGGUAGUAGCUCAAUUCCAAAUUUCUUUCGUAUCAUGAAACGACAGUUUACUGAGACAGAGUGGCGUGUAAUCAAGUCUAUGAAUAAUGAGUGGAUGCAGCUGGAUAUGUUUCAUCGACAUUGGGCCCUAAAAGAAAGCUUCUUAAAGGCUAUUGGAGUUGGGAUUGGUUUUAACUUGCAAAGAAUUGAAUUUAAUGUGUCCCCAUUGCAAAUGGAAAUAGGGAAGGUGUAUAAAGAGACCCAGAUGCUGUUGGAUGGAGAAAAAGAGGAAGAGUGGACUUUUGAGGAAACACGGUUAGAUGACUAUCAUCACGUUGCAGUGGCUCUUGGGAAACAGGAGGGAUUUGGACAGCAACAUACUGAUGUAUCUUCCAUGCAGCCUCAUCAACCACAGUUUACAUUACUGACUUUUGAAGAUUUAGUUGCACCUGGAAUUCCAAUUACAUCUGAGGAUUCUGCAUAUUGGGAUAACUUUUGUUCUAAACAAGAGAGUCCAAUGAAACAGAGUUCAGAUUCAAGAUGAGAAUGCUUAGAAAGAAAGGAUCGUAAGAAUACAUGUAAAUAUGUAAAUAAAACUGUUCUCUCGUAUUUUAUGUAUUUUCCUUUAAGUCUGGUAUUCACCUUUUCAAACUUGACAUUUUUCUGUCAGUAUUUAAGAAGAUGUCGUGCUUCCUCGCUGAAGGAAUUCUGAGUGAAAAGUCUAAGCUGACCACAUGGAUUUUUGAUUCUCCAUGCCUUUCGCCUCAUAAUUUAGUAAUUACUCUUAGCAGUAACAGGAAGCAGAGCUUCGGUAAUGUUGUCAGUCAGCAAGAGCUUAACAAGUGGAAGUGUUUCUGUGUUUUGUUUGUGCUGGACUUAAUGUCAACUCUUAUCUUAAAAAAAAAAAAUCACAAUUUUAUACUGCAAUGAAGUGAAUAAAGGCAGAGGAAUUGGUAAAAGUCCUAUUGCUGCUACUGCAUGGCACAAGUGUUGAACAAGAUUUGAGGUUUAGUUGUGUAAAAACAAACUGAAAAAGUGUGAGUUGUGCUCUUGGAACUAAACCUGCGUAAAAUUAUUUUGAGGUGGAAACUUAACAUAAAAGUAUUGCAUAUCCUUGUCACUUAAAACCUUAAUUAAAGCUUUUUGUAUCUAAUAGAAGUUUUGAUGUUUUUACUUCCUUUUUGUGUUUUGUUGUUUUUUUGUUUGUUUUUUUUUUUACAUUGACUAAUAGGUGUUUGCCAUACAGUGGUUAUAUUUCCCAGGCUUGCACUUACAGGUUCACAACCCUAGAAACUAAGUCCUGUGGAGAAAACAAUACAAAAAAUUGUUUGUUUUUCUUCCUUUUUUUUUUUUUUUUUUUUUUUUUUUCUUCCCCCAACAUACCAAACAGAUUGAGUCUCAUACUCAAUGGAACAAUUUUCAUAGCUCUGAGGUGUUCAUUUCUGUCCUACAGUUGAACAUAACUCUUCUGUGAAUUUAGAUUUGUGCAAAAUUUGGCUACUCCUUUCUGACUAAAGGCAAAUGUAUUUGUUGUAAAGCUGUGCCAUAUUAUAAAGACAAAUACAAAAUUUAGAUAAGGAUGUAAGGUUUUGAGGUUUCACUGUAGAUAAUCUUGAAUUCAGAUAUGCUGAUAAACUUUUCUAGUUCUGCUAGUUUGGGUUAAUAAUUUUGUAUCCAUUUUAAUGAAUCUCUCAUUUUGCAUGCUAAUCAUGGUUUUUGUUUGGUGAGCUUUUUUCUUUUUUUCUGUAAAACCACAAAUCAUUGAUAGCUGUGAAUUUUCUCUCCAGACUCCACAGGGGUUAAAUUAGAUGUUCAGCAACUUCAAAUUUGAAAUUGUUGGAAAUAUAGAAUAAUUUAUAGAGGUAGAGUAAUUAGAAGUCAAGCAUUUCAGAUGGGAUUCAAAAGUGAAAUAUAACUUGCACUAAAUAACUGGAAUUCCAUGGAGAUCAGAAAAGGCUAUGCAGAGGGUAUGUGCCCACAUCAUUUCCUGCUAUGGGAUAUUUUUAACCACUUCAGUUGACUUAAUUUUAUUCUGUCCUAUCUGAAGUGUUCUAUAAUCCAGCUGUGCAAGCAUGUAAGGGUGUUUAAGAGCAGGGAUAACCAGAACUAUUGCCAAGCUGAAAGAAUGGACAUGGUUUUAGAAGCCCAGAGAAGAAGAAGGACUGUUUGAAAUAAGAGGGUCUGGAAAGAACUGAGCUUCACUACUGCCUGCUUGUUUACUGCUCCAGUUUGUGCCAGUCCUCACCAGUCCCUGAGGCUGCCAGCAGUUGCAGCUGUAUGAGACAGUUUAAAUUACCAUCUGGUUUCUAAAGGUCUAGACGGAAUCAUCCAUGAAGUUGCAGUUCUUCAUAGUAAUUUUUUCCUAUGUAUUUCAUUUAUACUGAGCUACUUGCAAUCUCUUCUCUUUUAACCUGAAGUAGGUUAAGAUUAGGUGAUGAUGGUGUCUUGUGAAAAGCCACUUGGGUCAGGUUGCUUUGUGUCAGUGCAAACUGACAGUUUUUACACUUGUAUUUAGCAGUGUGGAAAAGAGCAGCUGUGUAGCCGUGGAAUUUAUCUACAUGCUGCUAAAAGACCAUCUAGAUGCUCUGACAUCAGAAUGUUUUUCUGAACAUCUGUCUGUCACAAAUGCAGAUAUUAAAAUAAAUGUAGAUAUUAUGUCCAAGUA